CCGACGAGAGCACAAGCGGAAGUAAAUAGUCAGGUUGGCACGUUAGCUAGCAAGGGGCGUCAAUAAAGUGAUAAGUUUAGCGUGCAUUCACCUACAUUUUAACUCGUUCAUUUUUAUUAGAAUAUUCUGUCGAAUUGCUUUGAAGGGUCAACAUAGACGCAUCCGAGACCUGCCUCCAUAACAAUUACAUUAGCAGAGCUCGAGAACACGUUUAAGGCCUGGAACCUGUGCUAACUUAGCCAGCGUAGUUGCCGCUAAGUUCAAGCUAACGGCGCGUGUGGCACCUUAGCGAGAACUAAAGACUAAAGUGGCUACUUACUUAAGCGAAUGUCUGCUAUUCUUCUAGUCGCGUAAAUAUAGUCUAUCCAGGUAGUGUCAACUCUGGCUGUGGUGGAAGGAAAUUUUCGGCUGGAUUUAAAAUGAUAAUUGAAAAUCUGGAUGCUUUGAAAACAUGGCUGUCUGAAACGCUCGAGCCCAUCUGCGAAGCAGACCCAUCAGCCCUCGCCAAGUAUGUUGUUGCCCUGGUGAAGAAGGACAAAACUGAAAAAGAACUAAAAGCCUUGUGUAUUGAUCAGUUGGACGUGUUUCUUCAGAAAGAGACCCAGCAAUUUGUGGACAAGCUGUUUGAAGCUGUGAACAACAAAAGCUAUCUGCCCCAGACAGAACAAUUGCCUACUCUGGUGAAAGUGGAGAAAGAUGAACAGAAAAAUGAUGAGACAACUCGAGAAGAGGAACGUGACAAAAAGUUUUCUCGACGAGUGAAUAGCCCUCCACCAUCAAGUUCCCGCUAUAAUAGAGAUGGCAGGAGAGGAGACGACCGUAAGAGGGAAGACCGUUCCAGAAAAAGGGAUUAUGACCGCAACCCACCAAGAAGGGACUCCUACCGCGAUCGCUAUAAUCGGAGGAGGGGCCGCAGUCGUAGUUACAGUCGUAGCCGAAGCCGGAGUUGGAGCAAGGAUCGUACUCGGGACAGGGAUAGGGACAGGGACAGAGAGCGGGAUAGAGACCGUGACAGAGACAGAAGCAUGAGUCCCUCUCAGAGUAGAACUCGCUCUCGAAGUAGGAGUAGAGAAAGAGAUUCUGGGAAGUUAAAGUAUGAUCAUGAUCGAGCAGACAGGUUGGAAGGUGCUGAUGGGUACACCCCAGCUGUUCUGGUUUCCACUGCAACCACUUCACAUUUCCCUGUGCCGACACUGAGCAGCACCAUCACAGUCAUAGCUCCAACUCAUCACAGCAACAACACAACCGAGAGCUGGUCAGAUUUCCACCCAGAUCACCCUGUGGAUCAUGGCCCUUUUAGGGGGCCUCCUCCUCCUCAGCAAAGAAAACGGUGCCGUGAUUAUGAUGAAAAGGGCUUCUGCAUGAGAGGAGACAUGUGCCCUUUUGACCAUGGAAGUGACCCAGUUGUUGUGGAGGAUGUCAGCCUGCCCAAUAUGCUGCCCUUCCAACCUCCACCCAUCCCUGGUGUGGAUCCCCCGCCCCCUCCAGGUCUUCCACCUCCACCUCUCUUGAACCCCCCACCUGUGAAUUUGGGACCUCCUGUGCCCACACCAGGGGCUCUCCCACCAAGCCUUCCGCCGGUUGCUGGACCACCUCCUCCUCUUCCACCACUUCAACCAUCAGGAAUGGAUGCUCCUCCCAAUUCCAUUACAAGCGCUGUUCCCACCAUUGUCACGUCAGGGAUGCGCUCUUCGGUGUCUCAAAUGUCUGAACCACUUUUCCCCUCAGCUACUUAUGAGACUGACGUGUACAAUCCAGAAUCUCCCAGCAUCACCAUCAGCUCCAGGCCAAUGUACCGCCAUUGUGUCAAUGCCCAGAGGCCCAACCUGAUUGGCCUUACAAUGGCUGAUGAGGAUCAGCCACCGAGAGACAAGGUUGCAAACAGCAUGAGAAUUGUUAUGGAUUCUGGCCUCAGGAAGAGACCAAUUGGUUCACAUGAUGGGAGCAUUGUGCACAAGAAGCCUUGGCUUGACAAACCUAAUUAUAACAAGCCCAAUCACCUGGGAUACAACAGAAGAGGCCCGUUCAACUCUGCAAAUACAAAGUUGCUGGUUCGGCAAAUUCCCUCCGAUCUCAACAACAUUAGCAAACUCAAUGAACAUUUCAGCAAGUUUGGAACCAUCGUCAACCUUCAGGUGGCAUACCAGAAUGACCCAGAAGGUGCGCUGAUCCAGUUUGCAUCACCAGCUGAGGCCAAGCGGGCCAUACAAAGCACAGAGGCUGUCCUCAACAACCGCUUCAUUCGGGUGCAUUGGUUUCGUGAGAACGGAGGAGAUGGGCUGGGUCACGGACACUUUCACCCACAGCCGUUGCAGCCACAGCCCAUCACGCAGCCCUCAGAAACCUUGCUGAAGCAGUCUGUCAAAUAUCGCCUUGGGCCUCUUCUCACUGCAAACUCUGAGCCUUCACAGGACUCCAAUGUGCCCGCUCAGAAUCCUGCCAAAGCAUCAGUGAAGGAGCGUUUGGGUUUCUCAACCAAACCAGUUCCUCCGGUGGAGAAGGUAUUUUCAACCUCUGCGGGCCUCUCCAAGACUGUAUACAAUCCUGCGGCCAUGAAAGCUGUCCAGAAAACCACAGAGGAUGUCCUAAAGAAGAAGAAGGAAGCCCUAAAAUUACAACAAGAUGUAAGGAAGAAGAAGCAGGAAAUCCUAGAGAAGCACAUUGAAACACAAAAGCUCCUAAUAGCCAAACUUGAGAAGAACAAAGCAAUGAAAGCAGAGGAUAAAGCCAAGAUCAUGGAAACGUUGGGCAUGUUAACCAAGAGCAUCACAAAACUACAAGAAGAGAUAAAAAGCAUCUCAAGCAGCAGCAAUCUGCUGCUUGCCGCCAAGAGCAAGGCCCAAGCUCAGAAAGAACUGCUUGAUGCAGAGCUGGACCUCUACAAGAAGACUCAAGCUGGGGAGGAUACUGCUUUAUUGAAGCUCAAGUAUACCCAGCUGCAAAUAGAGGCCGCUAAAAGAGGACUGCUGUCACCAGGCCGGGGCCGUGCCGUUCCAACUCGAGGUCGUGGCACUUCAAGAGCCCGAGGACGGGGUUCCAGAGGACGGGGAAGGGGUGUUCCACUCCAUGCAGUUGUGGAUCAUCGACCACGAGCUCUUCAGAUCUCUGGAUUUUCUGAUAUUGAGAGGGUAGAUCUCCUACCUCACUUUGCUCAAUUUGGAGAAAUAGAAGACUGCCAGAUGUACGACGACGGCCUGUCUGCAAUCAUAACAUACAGGACAAGAGCAGAGGCAGAGCAGGCGGCCCUUCAUGGCCUCAAGUUGAACAACCAGAAUUUACACCUGGCGUGGCACAAACCUGCCAUCACACUUAAUUCUUCUGAUGCUAAUGAGGCAGAACCAGAUGAGGAGGAGUAUCCAGAAGAAUCACUGAGUGACGAUGCCUUGCUGCAGGAUGAUGACGAGGAGGAGGAUGACAACGAGCCUCGCUCCUGGCGUAGAUGAAGAUUGUCCUCAUGUUGAGCACAAGUGGAUGAUGACCAGAUUCCAGCUGUUUAUUUAUUAUAAUGCCAGUUCAAAAAUCUAACGGAACCAUGGCUUGACUUGUCAAAUAUGUAACCGGCUGAAGAAACAUGUGACUUUGAUUGAUUUUAAGAUGUAUUCCAGAUGCAACAAUGUUUUUUUUUUUGUUUUUUUUUUAAUGCUCUUAAUGUAGUUUUUUUUCUUUUUUGGGGGGGUUAAUUGGAUCAUAGAAUUCAUAGUUUGUGACAGCUAGUUGGAGAAAACAAAUCCUGUGUUACCAUUGAACUAAAUGACAGGCCGUAAAGCUCAUUCAGAAUAGUAUUACAUUGAUUGGUUAAAUGCUCAUAUGUAAAUA